CUGUGUCCAUUCUGCAGCAAGAUGACGAAAGUGUCUGACCCCGAGAGACCAGUGGAGGAGUGGGCGGAUGACGUCAAGCCGAUCUUUGUCAUCCAGGGACUGUUGGACUCGUUUGGCCCCGGAUCUAAAGAUACAACUAACUGCAGUUAUUGCAAGGAGGAAGGGGAGACAACUCCAGCUACAUCUUGGUGUUCUGUUUGUGACGACGCACUGUGUGAACGAUGUACAAGGAUGCACCAACGAAUCCCCUCUUUCCGUCACCAUGACGUAGUUGACCUGUCUGGAGAGACAAGGGUCAAGGUCAAGAGAAAGGUCAUGUGUAAAGUUCACAAGGACGAGAAUAUCAAAUAUCUUUGCAAAGAUUGUAAAACAGCUGUUUGUCAAACAUGUUGCACGAUCCAUCACAGGAAAUGUGAGUUGGUUGUUGAAAUCGAGUCAGAGAUUCCUGCAAUGAAAAUCGAGCUGAGUAAGAACAAAAAGAAUUUGUUAAAGAAACACAAUGAGAUGAAAACACAUGUUGGAAAACAAACCUACAAAGUUGGUGAAGAAUUGGCUCGUUAUGUACAAAUAGAAUCAAACAUCAAGUCUGCAAGUCUCAAAGCAAUACAGAUGAUCAAAGCCAAGGAACGGAAACUUCUGUCUGAACUGAAAGAGAGGUCUGACAGACACAUUGGACAACUGAAGGCAGACAUAAAGUCAGGUGAGAUGUCAGUACAGAUGUACCAAAAACAGACUGAGCUGAUAGACCAGGCUCUACAAUCUGAGUGUGACAUGGAUGUGUAUGAGAUGUAUCAGGGAUGUGAGGCCGUUGAUGUGGAGGCUGUCGGAGUCUUAGACGUGGAGGAGAAGGGAAGAAUAGACAGGAUAACAUUCAGACAGGACACGGACAAGCUGAGUAGAGCACUGGAAGAUCUCCAUCUGGGUGAGAUACACGUCCAGUAUGACGAUGUGCUGGACCUGAAGGCUGCUCCUGUGUUACAGGACACCAUUCAUGUGACUGUAGCAGGAGAUGCAGGUAGAGGAGACCCCUAUCACGUAACAAUGCUAGUGGUGAAUGGUACAGACACAGUGGUAGUUACAGACUACAUCAACAAAAGUGUCAAGUCCUUCUACACCAGGAACAGUCAGCCAGGUCACAGCAAGCUCAGUCUGGAAGGUAGACCAUGGGGUAUAACAAGGCUGAAACACAACCAGGUGGCUGUCACUGUGAUGGGUACCAGUCAGAUUGUAACAGUUGAAGUGAACCCUGACCUAGUGAUGCUGUCGACCAUCACAACCAGCAAACAUUACCGGGGUAUAACGUCUCUGACACCAUCAACACUAGCAGCAAGUGCCCUGUCCCCUCCCUGUGUUGAUAUCCUGGAUAUGUCAGGACACGUGCUGAAGACAGUUUGUCGAGGUCACAAAGGUGGAGACAUCUUAAAGUAUCCCUGCUUCCUCUGUACCACGAGGACAGGAAACAUCCUGUUGUCUGACGGUGGAACCAACUGUGUCGUGUGUCUGACGCCAGACGGAGAUGUGGUGUUCAACUACAGACCUACAGGAGACACAGCACUGAAGUACCCACGUGGUAUCACAAGUACCAGCACAGGCGACAUCCUGGUGACAGACUUCUCACUACACAGAGUCAUCCAUCUGACAGAGUCAGGACAGUUUGUUAGAAACAUACUGACAUCACAGGAUGGUGUCAAGAAUCCAUGGGGACUGUGUGUUGGUGGGCGUGGUCGUAUUUACUUGUGUAUAGACAAUGUAGUGAAGGUAUUUACAUGCUGUAAGUGAGAGAACAUGUCACAAUCUCUUUCUGUAUGUUAAAUAUAGAUAUAUGUUACCUGGAUAGAUAUGAUGUGAUGCACUGUUGGAACAUUUGACUUUUGAUGUGAACGUGACGAAUCAUGCCUGUUGUAGAAAGACACAACUUGUAAUAUAAUGAGUGUUGGUUGGGUAGCCUAGUGGUUUAAAUGCUCGCUCGUCACUCCGAAGACCCCGGUUUGAUUCCUUACAUGGGUACAAUGUGUGAAGUCCAUUUCUUGUGUCCCCCGACUUGAUAUUGCUGGAAUAUUGCUAAAAAGCUAAAAGCGAUAUAAAACCAUACUCUCUCACCUACUGGAAUGUAAUGUAAUGUAAGCAGCCAUUACUUCUACUUUAUAUUCAGAUAUAUUGUCUCAAUAACACUAUGUGGUCCAAAAUCAUGUAAAAUAUUGAUAUUUUGCAUUGUAAUGCUUUUGAAUCACUUUUUCUAUAAGUGACUUUGAUGAACAAUUGUUUUACAAAAUUUACUGAAUGGGUCAAAGGGAGAUAAGUCAUUAUGCGAAGUAUACGAAGAGCCAUAAAAUGUAGCGAACGAAUGAAUAGUUUAUCAGUGAGUUAGUUGCGCUUUUACGCUGCUUUUCACAUUAUUCCACACAUUAUAAUUUGUUGGGAAUCGAGCCCGGGUCUUCGUCAUGACGAACGAACACUUUAACCACUGGGUUACCCCAGCCCCUAUUUUAUCACAAUUUCUGUUUAGUGUGAGUGUUGUAAAUUGAUACAUGCAGUGUUUAUACCGACGUGUACAGUUCUCUGCCUCAUACCAUUCAUUCACUUGAUGGAGGAGUAAGAAACGUUGUGUUCCUCAUAAUAAAGAAGUUGACAUCGAUAAAACUCUCUUCCUGAUGUGUAUCCCUUCUAAAUGCCAUUCAAAGACCUGAUGUGUUACAUGUACGUAGUGAUGUCUGGCUCAGUAUAGAACAUUGCCAUUUCCUUUGCUAAUAUGUUUUACUACCCUGCAAUUGUUCUGCCUUUGAAAUUGCUAAUUAUGAUUUGUCUUGAUUUGUAAACUUGGUUACUUUUAUAAUACAAUUGUUAAUUUGUUGAAUGUA